AGGGGGCGGGGUCAUGUCUGUUGCAGCAACAGGGCGCGGCUGGGUCGGGGGGCGCCAGCGUGGGCCCGGCUUCCUAGAAGGUGGUGCGUGAGGCGCUCCCUGCUCGGCUCCCGGGUACCCCGCGCGCCCCUGCCCUUCCCGGGACCCCGGCCCGGCCGCCGCCCGCUACCAGGAAGAGGCUUUCUCUCCCUCUCCUCCAGCUCCAACCUGAACCAUGUUUUUCACCUGUGGUCCAAAUGAGGCCAUGGUGGUCUCCGGUUUCUGCCGGAGCCCCCCGGUCAUGGUGGCUGGAGGACGUGUCUUUGUCCUGCCCUGCAUCCAGCAAAUCCAGAGGAUCUCUCUCAACACACUGACCCUCAAUGUCAAGAGUGAAAAGGUUUACACUCGCCAUGGGGUCCCCAUCUCAGUCACUGGCAUUGCCCAGGUGAAAAUCCAGGGGCAGAACAAGGAGAUGUUGGCAGCUGCCUGCCAGAUGUUCCUCGGGAAGACUGAGGCUGAGAUUGCCCAAAUUGCACUGGAGACGCUGGAGGGCCACCAGAGGGCUAUCAUGGCCCACAUGACUGUAGAGGAAAUCUAUAAGGACAGGCAGAAAUUCUCAGAGCAAGUUUUCAAAGUGGCCUCCUCAGACCUGGUCAACAUGGGCAUCAGUGUGGUUAGCUACACCCUGAAGGACAUUCAUGAUGACCAGGACUAUUUGCAUUCCUUGGGGAAGGCUCGAACAGCUCAAGUCCAAAAGGAUGCUCGGAUUGGGGAGGCGGAAGCCAAAAGAGAUGCUGGGAUCCGGGAAGCCAAAGCCAAGCAGGAAAAGGUGUCUGCCCAGUACCUGAGUGAGAUCGAGAUGGCCAAGGCGCAGAGGGACUAUGAGCUGAAGAAGGCCGCAUAUGACAUCGAAGUCAACACCCGCCGAGCACAGGCUGACCUGGCCUAUCAGCUUCAGGUGGCCAAGACUAAGCAACAGAUCGAGGAGCAGCGGGUACAGGUGCAGGUGGUGGAGCGAGCCCAGCAGGUGGCAGUGCAGGAGCAGGAGAUUGCCCGCCGAGAGAAGGAGCUGGAGGCCCGGGUGCGGAAGCCAGCGGAAGCUGAGCGCUACAAGCUGGAGCGCCUAGCCGAGGCAGAGAAGACCCAGCUGAUUAUGCAGGCAGAGGCAGAAGCUGAAUCUGUGCGGAUGCGUGGGGAGGCUGAGGCCUUUGCCAUAGGGGCCCGAGCCCGGGCUGAUGCCGAGCAAAUGUCCAAGAAGGCAGAAGCAUUCCAGCUGUACCAGGAGGCUGCUCAGCUGGAUAUGCUGCUAGAGAAGCUGCCCCAGGUGGCAGAGGAGAUCAGUGGUCCCUUGACCUCAGCCAAGAAGAUCACACUGGUGUCCAGUGGAAGUGGAACCAUGGGAGCAGCCAAAGUGACUGGGGAAGUCCUGGACAUCCUGAGCCGCCUGCCAGAGUGUGUGGAGAGACUCACAGGCGUCAGCAUCUCCCAGGUGAACCACAAGCCUCUGCGAACAGCCUGAGCCCUGGACCUUCGCUGCUGCUUCAUCUCAUGACUCAAGUUGCCUGAGUGGUCCUUAUAUUGCAUGCACUUCAACUGGCUUCCCUGAGCAUGUCCUGACAGUGGGGUUCCACCCCUCAUCUCUCCUUGCCAAAUAGCCUGUGCCUUGCCUUGGAGGGGAAGGGCUGCUCCCCUUCCCAGCCCCACACUGCCAAGACUGCCAGUCCCCUGGGGGUCCUGUGCCAACCUUCUGAUUGUCACACCCCACCCCCAACUUAUUUAACUUUCACUUCCUAAUUAGACUGCCUGAGCCUGUUGUCCAGAAUUCUUUCCUCACCAAGACUGAGGGAUAGCCUGGAAGUUCUCAGCUUUACUUGUCAAAUAAAUUGCCAUUAAUAAGUACUAAUA